GUUGUAUCCUUGUUAACACUAGAUAAUUUCUGUUCUAAUCUCGGAUGAUAAACUAUUGUCGCUUUACAUUGUAGUAAAGCUAGUCAUCACGACGUCUCGUUUUAUUCCAAAAUGGCGAUGCACAGCGUGACAAAAGUAUUUCUUGUGUGUCUCGUAUUUACUGUUUUUUACCCAGAAUCCAGUAUUGCGUGCUUGGAUGGAAUGAAUAUUUUAAAAUGUGUUGAAUUUUAUCAAGGUAAAGCGUUUCUACAAUUUGUGAAUAGUACUGGACUAUGGGGUACACUCCUUCAAAGUAAAGACACAACGAUAUUGCUACCGAGUAGUGUCGCCUUUGGUCACCUGCCAGAGAAAGUGACGUCUGACAACAACACCAUGAGAGAGAUUCUGCUCUACCAUAUCUUACCUAAGUCAAUCAACACUACUGCAUUGGUCAACGAACAGUUGUUGCCGUCCAGCACACCUGGUAGACUGUCUGUCCGAUUUAAUAGAUACUCUAAAGGAAACAAAACAGUGAUAACGUCAUCAGGGGGAGUAAUCCUACGGAGUAACGAGAACGCUACGAAUGGCGUAAUCAACCUAGUAGACCGUGUCAUGUACCCGCCACCUACCGGCAGUCUGUACGAAUACGUAGCUAACACGGCGUCGUAUCAAACUCUUCUGCUUUUGGCGGCGAAGGCUCGACUUCUCGACACCCUUAAAGAGGGUACCUACACACUGUUUGCCCCCAAUGACGACGCAUUUUCCAAGUUACCAUCCGGUGCUGUAGCUAAUUUACUCAAAGACAUACCUAAGCUGAAGACGGUAUUAGAAAAUCACAUUGUUCCGGCCACUCUCUACACUGCUGGACUUAAAGUGGUUGGAACAGGAAAGACAUUGAGUGGGGUCGAUUUUAACUCAAAUUCGACGACAGUGACAUUUAAGACUGUCAAAGCAACCAUCGUAUCAGCAGAUAGGUCUGCUACCAAUGGCGUUAUUCACGAAAUCGACUCAGUUUUGAUGUAGAUCGUCAAUGACGUCAUUAAAGAUGACGUAACACUGGAAAUUGUACUUGAAUAUUCGCAGUAGAUUAUGUCCAUAUUCCACGAUUAUUUGUAAACAUUUCAGUUUCAUAUCAUUUAAUACCUUCAGCGUGUUUAUGUUGUAAAUCAUUAACGUUCCUCAAAGAAAUUCCUUCACAUAAAAUAUUCCACUGAAAAGCGUGUAUUGAUUUAUAGGGGAAACCUGAGCAAUGGAAGUUUCCUGAAUGUAAGGGAAAUUUAAGUUCAAGAAUAUCAUUAAGGAAUAAUGAUGAAACCGACAUCUGGACUAUUUAUUAUAAGAGUACUGAUAUAUGCCCUAUAUAUUGAAUUUCAUAUCCUUCCUUUCUUAUUACGUGAAAAACUAUUUAUUGCAAUUUGCGAUGUGCAGCGAAAAUUUAAGAUCUUGCAGUGAAAAUAAGGUUUUUCGUUUUUUUACCAGUCAGAGCAAGCCUUUGUAUUCACCUCAUUAAAAUUUGCCGAUUUUUCCAAUCGAAGCGAAGAUACAUAAAUGGGUUAUUUUGCUGUAUUUCUGAAAUAUUCAGACUAGUUUAUGACAAAAUACUCACUUGACGUUUCAUGCACAGAUUCUCCGAAAACAGCAAAUUAACAUGGAGUAACGUCACAAGGAGACAUCGUCAUGAAUUGUAUUACUGAUUUCCGCACAUUUUGACACUAUUGAUUUUUCGCACUCGUGAAAAUAUCGAUAUUCUGUCAUACUCGUGAAAUGUAUAUGAAAAUAAAUGUUAUAUUCAACGGCAAACCAUUUAAUAUCCACUAUAUAUUGGUAUUGACGUCAUAAGAGAUGACGUCGACAGAGUUCUUGUGAUAAUAUAAGAAUCAUUUCUACAUUUUGGUAUACGAUCAUACCCAUUAGCUUGACAGGAAUGUUGGUAUACAACAAUACCUAUUUGUUUGAGCGAUGUUGGUGUGCUUUAGUGUAUAAUAUAUAUUUCAUUCAAUAAUAAUGCCGAUUGAACGCUGAUGUUCAUAAUUACUGAAUAUUUCGAAAUGUUAGCAAUUUACAUAUAGAUUUAUGCAAUAGAAGUAAGAAUGUUUUAGAUGUUCAACGUGUUGGAAAGAAAUGUUUAUGUCUACAAUGCUUUUGUAUAUUUAAUCCAUGCUUGUGAAAUAAAUAUAAUUCAUAUUUCAGAGAAUGUUAGUCGUAUAUAACGUUGUCAUUAUUAUAUGUACGUCACGUUUAUGACGUCAUUUAUGUAGAAAUGCAAUAAAUGUUAAUUGAUUA